AUGCCAGGCAAUAAGCAGAAGGUCACGAGGUCAUCAGCCAGCGACGCUGGCUUCUCGGGCAUUGCUGCCGCACUGGAUGGUCCAGACGAGGACGGCCAAAUCCUUGGCGACACCCCCGCCGGGGCGGCCCCUGCGGGGCCAUCCCAGGCCGUGGCUGACAAGCAGUCCGUGAAGGCCCAGAAGUACGCUAAGAAGAUGGUCGACUCUUGCCCCUGCUGCACCAAGCCAGCGAAAUCCUGCCGCUGGCCGACCAGCUGCCGCUUCUUCGGCGCCAAGGUGCAGACCGACCCAGGGCGCCUCGACUGCGAGGAGAUCUUCACAGCAUUGAAGGCUGGACUCUACUUGUGCGAGGACGUGUCCUACCAGCAGUUCUGCCAGGACAUGGCUGACGAUACUUAUGCGCUGCAGUUGCCCUUCAACAAGGCCUCCGAGGAUAUCGAGGACAGGAAGAAGGCCCAGAGCAGCCUCAAGACGAGGAUGCUGCCGUCGGAUGUCUCGGAGGCCACGUCGACUGGCUUCACGGUGUUCAAGGACAAGCGGGGGUUCGCGCCAGGGGAGUUCCAGGAGGAGUUCGGCAAGGAACCGUCGGAGCUGGGAUACAAGUUGCAGGACCUUAUCAGCGAGAAGGGGACGCAGUACAAGGGUGUGCUCAAGGAUGGCGAGGGAGAGAAGAAGGGGACGCGAUACCAGAUGUACCGCACAUACGAAGUGCGCAAGUCGGACUACACGAUGCCCGUCGAGAAUCAUCUCUUCGCAGGCCAGGGCAACAACACGUUUAAGAACCUGACGCAUUUUGCCAGCGCGAAGCGUUCUCAGGGGGCGAUGAUGUUUCAGAAGCUUCGGAACUGCCGCCUGAGCACAGCCGACAUCAAGCAGCGCAGUGCUGCCGCAGGUCCCAGGGGUGCCAAGUCUGCGGUUGGAAGCCCGAGCAAACCUGAUUCCUCCCCGAAUCUCGGGGCGCCGAGCGUGGCCAACACAGUGGGAGGUGCCAACAGGAAGCGUAAGUCACUGGGUGAUGUCGCCUCCUCUUUCGGUGACACGAAGGCUGGCAAGUACGAGCGGCGGACAGUCGAGGAGUUCAUCGCACUUCUUCCUUUUCAGGCAGCCCUUUCGAUCAGCAGGCAUUCUAGGUUGCACUACCGCUUCGCGAAUAAGCUGUUGGACGAGUUGCAGCAUAUGAAUCCUCAGCCAUCGAACUACUUUGUUCUCAAGCAGCACCUGGAUAGGCUUAACAUCGUUAUUGAAUUCGCAAGCAAGGAUAACUCCAAGUGCCCGCUCUCGGACUUGCAGGUUGACCUUGCGAAGUUGUCUGAGUUCGUGUCGGAUUGGCCCUCCAACGUCAAGGACCUGCUGCUAGAGAGGCGCAUGGCUGAUCUCGGUCAGAUCGACGACCAAGCUACUGACGAGAAGCUCAAGCAGGUCAUUGCGUGCUGCGUGCCGUGCACGACGGACGGGUCCGCCAUGGAGAAGGCCUCGAAGUUUCGCCAGUUGAUGCUUGACAAAGUGAUCACUCCCAUGUUGGCCAACGGCCCCAGCAUCAAGGAACGCAUCCGCCAGGUUUGCGUGGUGGCGAUGGAGCAGUUCGCCCAGAAGCCAGACUCGAUCGAUGAGAUGACGUUGGCGACGCUAUUCGAGGUGAUGAGGGUGCUUAACGGCUUGAUCUCGAUCUGCGACGGCUCAGACACCCAGUGCAUCGAGCACGGUCGCCAACUAGCACAGGUACGCAAAGGUGGAGGACAAACCUUGGUCGACAACGUGUCUGCGGUGCUCCACGGCGUCGCUGCUUGGAAGGAGUAUCUGAAUGAC